GCAGAGUAAAUCAAAUUGCGUCAUUUUUUGUGAGCGAUCACAAAAAUUGCAGUUCCGAUCACAAUUUUGAUCGAUUGACUGAAAUAUGAAGCUUCUCAUGGCUCACUACCAUUGCAGGCUGCAGCCGAUUUCUCAAUUUUUGUGUUGGCCGUGCACUUCUGCUGUUAAUCGAAUAAAGGGUAUUGUUUCAAUAUUUUAUGCCUUCAUCAUGUUUCUGUAAUGCUUCUCAUUUAUGCAUAUUUGUGGAGGAAAGAGGAGAUGGAUUUUUUUGUAAUGCCUUUAUAUUGUCGCAAUGGAUUUUAUUGGAGCUGCAGAAAUAGGUUUCAGGCGUUCUGUUGUGUUAUGAAUUUGGGGUUCUUUUUUCUGUCGAAUAUGCAGAGAGUUGCCGAUUGUUAAGACUGCGUGAAAUAUGGCUUUUUUGGAUGCUUGAAUUUUUUCAUGCAAAUGGCCUCCUUUUUACAACAGAUUAAGAACUCGAGAUUCAUGCUUUCCCACACUGAUUUUCUAAAUGCCGUGUGGAUUAGCUUGCUUUCGAAAAGAUGGAAGUAUGUUUGGACUUUGAUGCUUUACUUAAAUCUUCAAUAUAUAUUGGUUUGUGAAGCACAAUGAUGAGGAUGGAGUUCUACGUUUUGGAGCCACGCUGUAUGUUUUGGGAUUUUAUCAAUUGGGCUUUACUUAUUAGAGAUGACUCUCAAAUUAUAAGGAUCACAUGUGUACGGAUAUCACAUAAUGAAGCACCUGAUUGAUCUCCUUCAUGUUGGAGUUGGGAAGAAGGUUACAUUGUGUAGUAACAACAUCUCAUUGCAAGUAAUAGCAGUUUUAAGUGACCAAAGAAGUCUUGUCAAGAGUUCCCAUAUGAGGCAAGGUUGCUGAGAAAUUUCUUUUACGUGAUUGUAUUAAGUGCAAGAACAUUACUUAAGAUUGCCAAGUCAUUGAUCUUGAGUAGAUUGAUAGUUCAGGUAGUACUCAAGAAUCUUACAAUCAUGGAUCUGUAUGCUCGUGAGAAAAUUUGGGUUGUACAUGAUUUGUCCUCCAAACUUGUUCAUUUUCUGCUACAUUGGACGAAUGCUGCACUGUGAUGAAUAGUGAAUACAGACUCUUUGGGUAAUGUCUCAGUCUGCCUUCUAUAUUUACCUCGUGGGUGGAUACAAAAAGCUGCUUACUUUGUUCUGCAAAAUUGAUUGGGAUUGAUGAUGUGAAGGCUUUGACUCUGUCCACUCUUGUUGCUAAGGUAUGUGGACACUGCUUCACAUAUCUCUUGUAAACAGAAUAUGGUAUAUUAUUAUACAUAAAUUUCCCGGUGUUUUAUAUAGGACAUAACAUAUGAUUUGCCAAUUCUAUUUCCAGUUUUGUCACUUGAGAGGGUAUUUUUCCAAUAGAUCUAAUAUCAUAUUUGUAAGGAAUUUUAUAUUGAUUAUCAAUCACAUUAGGUUUUUACAUGUAUAUUCAAUGAUUGUUAUAUGACUUGCCUUAUGAGUUCUUCACUAAAAAUGAUGAUAUUAAAGAAAAUUUGCAGGUAUUAAAAAAACGAAAAUAGAAAAAUAUACUUUUCUAAUCUAUGGAUGGUUGCAGACAUCCCAAAACAGUAGUGAUGUUGAAAUGUGUAAGUAUGUAGAUUUGGAAUGUCAAGAGAAAAGAAGCAUUGAAAUGAGGUUAAGAGAAACACUAAAAUCGGAUGUUUAUUUGUCUACUGAUCUUGAUUUAGAAGUACUAAAACUAGCACGUGCAAGAUACUUUAAAAAAUUUACCUAGCUAUUUGAAUCUAUAUCUUUAGCAUGUUCAGGGUGGAAGAAGAUAAAAGGAUUCGCUCAACAUAUCUCUGUGAAUCAUUGCCAUCUUACACUUUGUCAUUUUGGUCCUCCGGAUAUAUGAAUGUAAUAGUAUUAGCAGCUAAAUUGUAUUAAAUGCUAUUUACUUCAUAUAUGAAGGAGUUAAAGAGGCAUAAAAGUGUAGAAAAAGGAUCAUUUUUCUUUUCAAUUGGAGAGAAUUGAAUAAAAAUAGGUUAAUAGUAAUCCGAGACGAGAUUGAGUACCUUGCCCCUAUCCCCAUCAAGUCUCACGGUCUUUUUCCUUUAGUCUAACUUGAGUCCUACUCUUUUUCACAGACAACCUUUCUGUAACAAUGCAUUAGUUUUAGAUAUUUGCAAAACAAGUAAAGAGAUGAACUAGCCAUUCAAGGAUCCAAAAAUUUAUGCCAAUGGUUUUUCAAAUUGUUUUCCAACUGUAGUUUACAUUUCCUUGAUUAUCCUCUCUUUAUCAGACAUUUUCUAGUUUAACUGCUACUAAGUGAGGGAGUUUUUUCUCCUUUCCCUAUAUUUUUAGAUGAUGGGUGCACUAGGACACAUAUAUUACAAAAACCAAGCUAAGUUAUGUUACUUGGCAGAAUACAACACAGAUAACUCAUACUUAAUAAAUUAUGACAUCAACUUCAUACAUGUGAAUUUUUUACAUAUUUUUAAUCAUAUCUUAAUUUGUAUGAUAGACAUUGCUAUCUUUGUAUUUUUCAUGUUUUGGUAAUUCUGCUUAAUAUAUUUGAAAUGCUCAGCAGAAGUAUUUUAAUUUUGAAUAACAUUUCAUAGUCUAUUUCUUAUUAUUUUUGGAUUUAUAAUUUCCGAGAAUAAACUCCUGAGAUAUAUAAUUGUAACCAUUGAGAUUCUGUGGAAACAUUAAACAUCUCUAGGUUCCAAAAUAUAAAAGGGAUACCAGACACAGAGGAGAUUUUCUUUAUUUAUUUAUUUAUUUUGCAUAUAACAAUUUAGUAAAGCACAUAAUUUAGCGACAUUGAAAAACAUCAUCAGAAUGAUUUAUGGUUUAAUUCAGUAUACUCAAUCAUAAUCAUUUCGUGUUGUUUAGAUACACGAUUAGUAUUUGCCAAUAAAAUAAAAUGGGGUUGUGUUUUUACUAAUGGAAUAACAAAUACAGCGUAUUGGUUGGCAACUUGGCAUAAAUGAAAUCACAUUCAUUUGAUACCUCUCAGUGGAAAAUACCAUGAUCCAUGUCAGAUUUUUCUUCCUAUUUAUGUAUUCUCGCUUUUAAAUUUAUUUAGUUGGAGUAACAGACUUUUUCUUUGGUAACUUUUUCGGAGGAGGGGCUGUAUCCGUGUUGUCAGAAUAUUUCUUUAGGUAUAACUAAUGAAUGGCGAAACCUUGUUACCUCCGCUACUCAUUUGGCUGAAUUUUCUGCCCCGCCCCCUCUCUUCCCCGCUAGAGGUUUUCUCGAGAAGUCAAAAAUAGUCUUUCCAUUUGCGGGAUAAGUGCACUAUUUGCUGCAUCUGAAGAAAUGGAGUUUUCUACUAAAAAUAUAAAAUGGACACAAACUGAGAAUGAAAGAAUUAGUGAACAGGAAUCUCAUGACAGGCUAAGUAGUCUGCCCUCUGAAAUCCUAGACCACAUUCUAUCAUUUCUCAGCAUGAAUGAAGUUGUGAAAACCGGCGUGCUGUCAAGAAAAUGGAGAUACUUCUGGCAUUCAACACCAUGCUUGAACUUCGAUUUUAGAGAUUUCUGGAACCAGGAGCGCUGCUUAAAUUUGAGUUACAAUGAAUGCGCGAUAAAAUUUUGGGUAUUUGUCAAGUGCGCUAUCGUGAUCAGAUCACCCAUUUGUAGACUGCGGCUCUACUGUGAAGCCUGUGAUACCAUUCAGCUUGAUUCGCUUUUAUAUCUUUGCACUUUGAAAGAAGUCCAAGAACUUGAUAUUUUUACUGGAUAUGGAAUCCUGCAGUGUCCAGUUCAUUGUGGUGUACCAACUCACGUUGACGCAUUUACACAGGGCGUUGAUAGUCUGGUUAAGUUGCAACCGUUGGCAACCUUUUCAAACCUUAAGACCCUAAAUUUGGUUGGCAUCCAGUUUGAUGGUUCUGAUAUAGCUGAGAAUCUGUUCAGUGAUUGUGGUGUUCUUGAGACUUUAUCUCUGGAAUAUUGUUGUUUUGUGACAAUAGACUAUCUCAAGAUUUCUGCCAAUAAGCUUAGGACUUUGAACUUUGUAAAUAAUGGCCCUUAUUGGUGGGAUUAUACGUGCAUGUUCGACGGUGAGCUGGAACUUCAUACUCCGAACCUUGUAUCUUUCUGGUAUAUCGGGCCAGUGCUACAUCUCAGUCAAUCAUCGGAUAUGCUAUUUUUGAAGAAUGCCUCCAUUGAGCUCCGAUAUCAAAAUACACCAGGGGACUUAGGUGCUAUGGUUUUCAGUAUUCGUCAUGUCCAGGAGUUAUCAGUGUCGCCAAAUUUUGUCACGUACCACUGUCCUGGAGUUAAAAAAGAUGCUGGUGACUUCUGUCCUCUCGACAGUCUGAGGAGCUUGAAGGUUUAUAUGGAAUUCGAGGGGGACCAUAUUGAGGGUCUAAUAAAGCUACUCCAGCAUUCUCGUAAUCUUGAAACUCUAUGUAUCCGAUUCACUGAGGACCCCUGGAAAAUUAAUUGGGAGUCCAGGAAAAUUGACGUCUCCAUGAUAUCGCACAAGCUGAAAGAAAUUGAGAUUUUCACGGGCGGCAACCUGGAGAACUUGUUAGAGCUUAUCAGAUUCUUCCUUGAGAAUGGAAAAUCUUUAGAGAAGAUAAACAUCACGCAAAAGAAAGAAACACUGGCUCCGGAGAAGUUCUACACAUUGCACAACAUUCAGUUAGCUUGUGAAUUGGUUUCUAUAUCCGUCGGUUUAGCUUAUGCAUCUGGAACAAUCAAGAUGUUUGACCUUUUGUUUUGGAAAUGUGGUUCGGGUAUGGCUGGUCAAUCUAUCGAAUACGACCCGUAAACCUAUUCAAUAUCAGAAUAAGUAGAAACAUCAGAGUUGCGUGGAGAAAUUUGGUGGCUCGUGUUGAAGAAGAUGAAAAAGAGGCAUAGCCCGUAUGCGUUUGAUUCAGAAGGACAUCGUGAGUAGAUCGAUCUUUCUUCUACUUGUUCUUUCUUAUCAUAAAAACAAAAACUAGUAUCAUAAUAAUGCGAGGACAUUAUUAUUUAUAACUCUUGUUUGUUUUGAACUAUUGCUGUUUUGAAUUUUUACGGAUUGUUGAUCAAUGCAUUACUAUGCUUUAUUGUA